UGAUCAUUCUUCACACCAUCAUUAACCUUCCUUUUACCUUCCGACAAAAAAUAUAGUUGGAUGAAGGGUCGCUCUUCAGCAGCUGACGAGGAGAUGGUGGCGAUGGUGCCGUUGCCUCUUCCAGCUGGGGACGAGAUCGUCGACGGGGAUCUGGCGGUGGAGCACACCAAGCCGUGCUGGAUGACAACGGCGAGGGGCGGCGUUGGAGUGGCCAUGACCAUCUUUGCGCUUCUUGCUUUGCUAGUCGGCACCAAAUGGAUCCACCUGGACGCAGCUCACUAUACGUUCUUGCCGGCGGGCACUGAGUUCAGUCCACAUGGAAGCGGCCACUCACCCAUGGCGCGCCAGCUGGUACCCAUACCGUUCAGCUGCAGCAACGACACCGAGACGUCAUCGUCUCCGACACCGGCGCCAGCACCGUCCUCGUCAUCAUGGAGCAAACGCCGGUACUAUCCGGGCGUGCCGCCGCCUUGGUGCCCGGACUACUUCCGGCACAUCCACACGGACAUGGAGCCGUGGCGCGCGACGGGGGUCACGCUGGACGCGGUGGAGCGCGCGCAGCCCCACGCCGAGUUCCGGCUGGUGGUGGUGGCCGGGCGCGCCUACGUGGAGAAGUACCGCGACUCGUUCGAGACCCGGGACGUCUUCACGCAGUGGGGCAUCCUGCAGCUGCUCGCCCGCUACCCGGGCCGCGUCCCGGACGUGGACAUCAUGUUCAGCACCUUCGACACGGCCAGGGUGCUCGCCUCCGACUACCCGUCGUCGCGGUCCGCCGCGCCGCCGCUGUUCCGGUACUGCAAGGAGGAGUCACGGGACCUGGCCAUCCUCUUCCCUGACUGGUCCUUCUGGGGCUGGCCGGAGGUGAACAUCCGCCCGUGGGCGCCGCUCAUGGAGGAGCUCGUCCGGGAGAACGCGCGUGUCCCGUGGGAGGACAGGGAGCCCUACGCGUUCUGGAAGGGCAACACCGACGUCUCGGAGGUGCGCAAGGACCUGUUCCGGUGCAACAACGACACCGCCGCCGGCAAGGAGUGGAACGCGCGGCUGUUCAAGCAGGACUGGUACGCUGCCGGCCGGAACGGGUUCAGGGACUCGGACCUGACGAAGCAGUGCCGGUACAGGUACAAGAUCUACGUGCAAGGCAACUCUUGGUCGGUCAGCGAGAAGUACAUCCUCGCGUGCGACUCGCCGAUGCUCGCCGUCGACACCCCCUUCAGGGACUUCUUCUCGCGGGGGCUCGUCGCCGGCAAACACUACUGGCCCAUCGACCCGGCCGACAAGUGCCGCGCCGUCAAGCUCGCCGUCGACUGGGGCAACGCCCACCCGGGGCCGGCGCGGCGAAUGGGCGAGGUGGGCAGCGGGUUCGCGAGGGAAGAGAUGGGCAUGGACUACGUGUACGAGUACAUGCUCAGCGUGUUGAAGAGGUACAGCGCCCUGCUCCGGUACAAGCCCGCCGUGCCGGAGAAGGCCGUGGAGGUCAGCCUCGAGUCUAUGGUCUGCCCCAGGGGCGGCCGAGAGAGGGAGCUCAUGAUGGAGUCCAGGGAGAGGUACGUGGCCUUGGAUGAGCCAUGCACGUUGCCGCCGCCGUUCACAGCCGAUGAAGUCAGGGAAAUGGCCGUCAGGGACGAGGAGGUGCGAAGCAAACUACUCCACAUGCAGAUGGUCGGACACUAGCUAGGCGGCAUGUACUCCCUCCGUGUCUAAAUAAAUAUAAUUGUUUUAAGAUUUCAUUAAAAAACUACAUACGAAACAAAAU